GGUCCCUGUCCUCAGGUGUGAGGUCCUCGUCCUCAGCUGAUCCUCUUCAAUAUCUCUGUGGGUUUCCAGCUCACUGACAGCAUGACUACAGCAUCAGUGAGCGAUGGUGAUCGGCCUCGACGCCGCCGCAGCCGCAGCAUUUUCCUGCCACCUGAUCUGUCUGAGCUGAGGGUUGUUCUUCUGGGGAACAGCCAGUCUGAGAGGAGUUCAGUGGGAAACUUCAUACUGGCAGCGCCUGUGUUCAACACUCAGGGCGAAUCAGACGGUUGUGAGAAAGUCACUGGAAAAAUUAAUGAGACGAGAAUUUGUCUCAUCAACACCCCAGAUCUGCUUCAUCCCCAAAUAUCUGACAGGAAACUACGAAAACAAGUAGGACACUGUAUGAGACUCGCUUCUCCUGGACCUCACGUGUUCCUGCUGGUUCUCCAGUCAGAAGACUUCACUGAGGAACACAACGUGCGGCUCUGCAGAGUCCUGAAGCUCUUCAGUGAUCGAUCAUUUGAUCAUUCGCUGGUUGUGAUAUCAUCCACAGAGGAGAGCUCAGGUUCAAUGCACCAGUCGAUGAACAACAUCCUCAGAAUGUGCAAAUACAAUUACAUAAAGCUGCAUCAGCUGAAUCACGCAGAGCUGCUGUACCACUUGGGCCAGAUCACAGUGAGGAGCAAUGGAGCACAUGUUUGCUGUGAAGCAAGUGAGGACUCAACAUCUGCUGCACCAGAUGUUCACACACCAACACAACAGGAAACCAAGACUCCCUCCGCUGGUGAGUGA